AUGCUGCUGUAUAGCGUCCUGGUCGAAGCGUACGUGCGAUGGCACGGAAGCCUGAUUCUGGGCACGAUCCCUACCUUCCUGUGUCAAAACGACCAAGUUCUAGACGCGUGUAAGCCUGGCAAAGACGCGAACUCGGGCCACAAACAGAUCCUGGAUAUCGACAACAACAUCAACAAGACAAGGCAUUGUCAACGUACUGCUGCAACUGUGCAUCCGACCAAGACGAGACGGCCACUACACAUCUCAUUACUACCAUCUGUACCAUCAAGGCUACAACCAACAAUGGGACCUCUCAAGAGAACGGCGAAGGCUCCCCAGCCUGACGCCAACGCCGAUGGCGAGACACCAGCAAGUCCCCCUCCGCCUAUACCUCAUGCACCCUCCGCUGCCCAUCUGGCCCUAACCACCGAACGCGAGACGACUUCGGACGCAUACAAGAAAGCUCAGAAGGCUGAGAAGCAACACCGCACUCGCCGGCAAGCUGCGCGAGCGCGGACUCAUUAUGCUGCCGCGAAGAUCCACAUCAAGACCGCGUACAAGGAAUUCGUAAGCGGCGUCGAAGCAAGCAUCGGCGUCGUUGGCCUAUUGCACUAUGUGCUGAGAGAGAAGAUGAGUGCGAGUCCGGAGGAUAAGCAGACGCGAAAGCUGGAGCGUACCGCCAGCAAGCGGCAGAAACUGGAAGAGAAGAUGAGGAAGAUUGAGGACGAAGACAGGAUGGCGAGAGAUGCAGAGAAGGAGACGCCCGACGAGUAG